UCAUUAGCAGGCUGAGGAAAGGACUACACUUCCCAGCAUGCUUCGGGAAGGGCUUCCGGUUGGGAAAUAGGAAGGAAGAGGCGUCCAUGCCAAACAGAGCCUGGAGUGAAGCAUGAAGCUGUACUGUUUGUCCGGACAUCCGACGCUACCAUGCAACGUUCUGAAGUUCAAAUCCACUACCAUCAUGCUGGACUGUGGUCUGGACAUGACCUCCGCGCUCAACUUUCUCCCCUUGCCUUUGGUCCAAAGCGCAAGGCUCUCCAAACUCCCCGGCUGGGUCUUAAAGGACGGAAGCACUUUCCUGGAUAAGGAACUGAAGGACUGCUCCGGACGAGCCUUUGUGGAUUCUGUUCCCGAGUUUUGCCUGCCAGAGAUGGAACUGCUGGACCUGUCCACCGUGGAUGUAAUCCUGAUCUCCAAUUACCACUGCAUGAUGGCAUUGCCCUACAUCACAGAACACACCGGAUUCACCGGAACGGUGUACGCCACGGAGCCCACCGUACAAAUUGGCAGGCUUCUUAUGGAAGAGCUGGUCAACUUUAUUGAACGGGUGCCAAAGGCUCAGUCUGCGUCUUUGUGGAAAAACAAAGAGGUGCAAAGGUUGCUGCCCAGUCCCUUGAAGGAUGCCGUGGAAGUUGCAACUUGGAGGAGAUGCUACAAUAUGCAGGAAGUGAACUCGGCGCUCAGUAAAAUCCAGCUGGUUGGGUAUUCCCAGAAAAUAGAACUUUUCGGUGCCGUGCAAAUUUCUCCUCUCAGUUCUGGAUAUGCCCUUGGCAGCUCCAACUGGAUCAUUCAGUCACAUUAUGAGAAGGUGUCCUAUGUCUCAGGAUCAUCGCUGCUCACAACACACCCACAGCCCAUGGACCAGACAUCCCUCAAGAACAGCGACGUUCUCAUCCUGACGGGACUCACCCAGAUCCCGACCGCCAAUCCGGACGGCAUGGUGGGCGAAUUCUGCAGCAACCUUGCUCUGACUGUUCGGAAUGGAGGAAACGUCUUAGUCCCUUGCUAUCCUUCCGGAGUGAUCUAUGACCUUUUGGAAUGCCUGUACCAGUAUAUCGACUCUGCCGGCCUCUCUAACAUCCCCUUCUACUUCAUCUCGCCCGUCGCAAACAGCUCGCUUGAAUUCUCCCAGAUCUUUGCCGAAUGGUUGUGUCACAACAAGCAAACGAAGGUAUACCUGCCCGAGCCACCCUUCCCUCAUGCAGAGCUCAUACAGACAAACAAACUGAAGCAUUAUCCCAGCAUCCACGGGGACUUCAGCAAUGACUUCAAGCAGCCCUGCGUGGUCUUCACCGGUCACCCCUCGCUUCGGUUCGGGGACGUGGUGCAUUUCAUGGAGCUGUGGGGGAAAUCCAACCUGAAUACUGUCAUCUUUACAGAGCCUGACUUCUCCUACCUGGAUGCCUUGGCCCCUUACCAACCGCUGGCCAUGAAAUGUGUUUACUGCCCCAUAGAUACCAGGCUGAAUUUCAUCCAGGUGUCCAAGCUGCUCAAAGAAGUGCAGCCCCUCCACGUGGUUUGCCCAGAGCAGUACACGCAGCCCCCUCCCACGCAGUCCCACCGCACCGACCUCAUGAUCGACUGCCUGCCGCCCCCCAUGUCCUACCGCAGAGCCGAGGUGCUGACUCUCCCAUUCAAGCGGCGCUAUGAGAAGAUCGAAAUCACACCCGAGCUUGCAGAUUCAUUGGUGCCCACUGAGAUGAAACCAGGCAUUUCCUUGGCAACUGUUACGGCUGUUUUGCAUACUAAAGACAACAAACAUGUGCUCCAGCUUCCUCCCAAACCUCCCCAGCCUCAAACGGGAAAGAAGAGGAAGCGGGUGACGGAUGACGUCCCGGAGCUGAAGCCUGUCAAGCCUCUGCUCAGUGGCUCCGUUCCCGUGGAGCAGUUGGUGCAAACCCUGGAAAAGCAUGGGUUCAGUGACGUCAAGGUGGAAGACACUCCGAAAGGGCACAUCGUGUUGUUCCAAGACGUGGAAACUCUCAUCCGCAUUGAGGAGGAUUCGACCCACAUCAUGUGCGAAAGCGACGAGGCUCUGAGGGUGAAGCUACAGGACCUGGUCCUCAAGUUUCUACAGAAGUUCUAGACUUUCUCUGGCCAAAGAAAGGUAGCAAAAAGAGCUGAAAUUGCAGAUCUCUCUGCAAGGAACAGCACUCCAGAGUGUGGCUAACAGCAGGAACUCCUGUGCUAUUAAAAGCAAAAUUCAGCCGGUGGAGUUCUGCACAUCAUGGCGCUGCGAUGGCCCGUUACAUUUAAAAUGUUGAUAGUGUUGAGGAAAUGCAAGAAAAAUGUCUCGGGAUCCUUUUGGAUACUUAUGCCAGUACAACAGUGUUUUACACUCGCAUAGAUCACAUUUGGAGCAGUCCACAGCAACACUGAAGACGAGCAGAAAAGGAUCUUGCUUUCAGGAAAGCAAACUGGCUUGGUGACUCCCUCCAACCACAAUAUAAGGUCUUUCUCCCGAAUAUGUCAUAGGCCACACUGUUCUCUUGCAAAAUGCAAAAAUGCUUUUUUUGUGAUUUUCUUUGGAAUUGCAACAAGGGAAGUUCUUGCUCUGUUUUCCUCUUCCCUGCUCGAAAAAGCCAGUUUGUGUUCUUAAAGAUUUAUUUUGUUUUCCAAAGAUGUCUUUUGCUUUGUUGUUCAUCUGUCUCCUUUUGUUUUUAAAGCUUUGUAAUAUCGAAAAACUAGCGAUCUGUUCAAAAGAGGAUCUUUUUUUAAAAAAAUAAAAAGAAUAACAACAUAACCGAGAGUCUUUUAUGCAUUGGAGACUAAUCACGUUGAGAAGUGUUUUCAGAUAUCUUGGCUUCUAUAUGGCAUUAAAGAGUGAGUGAAUAUUCUGUUUUCUGUGCUGAAAUGUACGAUAUGUACACCCAUGGUGCCAUAGUGGCAUAGGGGAUUAAACCGUUGGCGGUUCGAAUCCAUGGGACAAGGUGAGCUCCUGCUGUUAGCCCCAGCUUCUGCCAACCUAGCAGUUCGAAAACAUGCAAAUGUGAGUAGAUCAAUAGGUACUGCCUCGGCGGGAAGGUAAUGGCACUCCAUGCAGCAAACAGCAAACAGGAUCACUAUGCUGGCUGUUGUAUUGAAUCAUACAUCGGACCAUUCCCAAGUGUUUUGGACUGUGUGAUGUAUCGGCUAAUAAUGCGUGCAGAUCCGAGUAGGGUGGCCUUUUGCAGCUGGCUGAUGGUAAUUUUGUCAGCGCCGAUUUUCAGGUGCUGGCCAAGGUCUUUAGGCACUACACCCAGUGUGCCGAUCACCACUGGGACCACCUUGACUGGCUUGUGCCACAGUCUUUGCAGUUCGAUCUUUAAAUCUUCGUAUCGUGUAAGCUUUCCCAGUUGCUUCUUGUCAAUUCUGCUGUUACCUAGGAUUGCAACAUCGAUGAUCCACACUUUAUUUUUUUUAACACAAUCGUGAAGUCAGGAGUCUUUUGCUCCAAAACUCUGCCAGUCUGAAUUCGGAAGUCCCAGAGUAGUUUGACGUGUUUAUUUCCUGUAACUUUUUCAGGCUAGUGAUCCCACUAGUUCUUUGUCACAGGCAGAUGGUAUUUGUGGCACAAGUUCCAAUGAAUCAUCUGAACAAGGGUGUUAUGCCUCUACUUGUAGUUCAUCUGUGUGAUCCAUCAUUUCGUCUGCUUCCUUGCAGAGUCUACACUUGGAAUCUGUAGUCAGUACUAUAGGUACUUGUCAUGAGACAAGUAGCUCUAUAGUUGUUCUCAUUGGCAUACAAGAAAAUAUGUCAUUUCUUGGGAUGUUCUAGGUCUGUGCAUAUGGGAGUUGUGUUUCUUCGUUUUCUAUUCUGUAUGUAUUGGGAAAGCAUAGAAAUCUGCAGAAUCUGGAAAGUGUGUGAAUGUGAGAAAAGAACAUAUCCUAUAUGCAUCUCUAGCAGCACUCUUCCUCCUUCAUCUCAUCUUGAAUUGAAAUGGAAGGAGGAGGAGCAGAGGGAAAACUGGCCUUGCUAUAAAUCUGAUAUUACUGGGUGUGCUUGCUUCUGAAUUUCCAUGAUACGGCACCAAUAGAUCACACACUAUCUGAAAUAGACAUUCCUGCUGAUCCAGAUAAGGAAAUGAGACCAUGGGAGCUGGAUUCUGUAUGCAUAGCGCUUGCCGGUUCAGAAAACAGAGCCAUAAAUCAAGGACACAUUCAGUGCCCAUCAGAAUGGGCAUGACAAAUACCGAUGUUAAUUUACACUGCAUUGUUUUCAGUGGAAGUACAUUCUUUGGGAAAAAAACUAUGUUAAUGUGGGAUUUGUGUAUUGAUAGUGUUUAAAUGCAAUUUGUGCCAUGCUUGUAUUGCAACUGAUUACAGAAUGUACCAUAGUGUGGAAAGAGUUAAUUGCCAAGAAGCUAUGAUGACCUUGAUGUGUGGCUGGAACUAGGGAGUAUCCAGACACAAGUAUUUGUGCAUAACGAUUGCUUCAGUUCAGUUCAGUUGAGUUCUGUCUGCCUAGAGUUCGAGUCAAGUUCUGUUGGAGAACAGAGCAGUCCUGUGUUCGUCUGUUGUCUGCAAGUCUAUUUGUGUUGAAUACUGCUGCAUACAGUAAAACUUUGUAAAUAGUUUUA